AUGAUUGCACGGACGGUGUUCAAGCCGAGCGACGGCGGCUACGUGGCGUACAAGAAGGCGAACCACGCGCACGCGGUCAAGCGGCCUAACUGUAUGUUCGAGUGGUGGCGCGAGUAUAAUCCAUCGCCGGGCAUGCCUGCGCCGCCUCACCUCCACGCCGGUGGGGUCAUCCUCGACGAUGACGCUGGCGCCCUCGUGUGGGCGCGCUUGCGUGCGAGUCCGGCGACCGCACAGCGCGCGUCAGGCGUGUGCAAGGAGUGGCGGCAGUACGCCCUCGCCAAGACAGGCCGCCUGCGCAGCUUUCGGCAAGACACGACGCGCCGCCACUCGAGUUGCGCGCAGAUGAGGGCGACCGAGGCGACUAUCAAGGCCGUCGCCGAGUCGCCUGUGCACAAGGGGCUCGAGGUGCUGUCGGGCCACCCGUCGCUCCGGUCGCUCACGCUCUUCAUGGAGGGCUUCACGCCGCUCGCACUCCCGGCCAAGCUGCCCGAGCUCGCGGCGCUGCACCUCAAGACUUCAGUCUGGGCGGGCUUCGACUGGCGGGGGCAGCGCUUCACCCACCUCGAGUACCCCAAGCUCGAGGAGAUCAUCAUCGAAGACGGCGCCGGUCCCUUGGGCAACGGCGCCGCAGUCGAGAUGACCAUGGGCUUCCUGCACGUCCUGCGCACCAAGUUCCCGCUGUGCUCGAUCAAGCUCACGAAGACCGGCCUCUUCCGCGGCAUUCGCGGAGCAGCGGCGCAGCAAGCUCUUCAAGAACCCGGGCUGCGCCAAGACGUGACCGAGCAGAAGCCGCUCGUGCUUCCGCAGGGCGACGAUUGGAAUCGUGCUUUCGAUGACUACGAGGUCGGGCCCGACAGUGCCGCCGGAAUCAGCGUCUACUGA